AUGAACGGGUUUACCGUGGACGACAUGAACAUGCUGAGGAUCGGAGAUCCAGGUGGGCAAGUGUAAUAUAAAUUGGUGGUUUUGAGGUUUGGAAGAGAGGUUUUGGAAAAUCUAAUGAUUAUAGAAGUUUAAUUUUAGAUGUAACAGAAGUGUCGGUGACAUUGAACGAGCUCUGUGAACAAUUCACGGCGAACGUUGGGACCCUUUCAGAACAUUUGACUGCAAUUCAAGAGAUUUUUAAGCAAGUAAGUUGUCAAUUGGUAUAUAUAAAGUUGUAUUUUUCUAUGGAGUUUUUUCAAACACUUUUUGAUGCAUAACACUGAUCUUAGUAUGCAUGACACUGAUUUUAUCUUGUUUUAGAUAGGAGAAUUAGCCGACAGAGAAAAGAUUGUGGUUAUGAACGCACAGAACGAGUUGAAGAUGGUCCAGACUAAUCAGAAUAACAGCAAAGAUGUCAUGAAAGUUCAGGUAAGACUUUUUUACGGUUUGGCUGUUUAUUUUGGUCAAAUUUUUUCUUACAAUACCUAUAAAAACAGUUCUUUUAAAAAAUGUCAAAUUUUUUGGUCAAAGUUUUACAUUUUACAAACACUAGUAAAGCCUAGUAUUUCAAAAACAUGAAACUAGCAGUCUCGUAUUCUACAAAUUUUAUUGUGUAAUUACGCUGAUAGUUGUUUUAGGGUAAAGUCCAAGAAAAACAGUGGAACUAG